AUGGAGGAGAUCCCAGUUAAAGUUGCAGUUCGAAUCAGACCUCUGCUUUCCAAAGAAGUACUUCAUAACCACCAAGUGUGUGUGAGAUUAGUCCCAAACACACAACAAAUUAUCAUUGGGAAGGACCGUGUCUUUACUUUCGAUUUUGUAUUUGGCAAACACUCAACCCAAGAAGAAGUUUAUACUGUUUGCAUUAAGCCUCUUCUAGUGUCUUUGACUGAGGGAUACAAUGCUACAGUGUUUGCAUAUGGACAGACAGGUUCUGGGAAGACUUACACCAUCGGAGGUGGCCACAUUGCAUCAGUUGCAGAAGAUGAAAAGGGCAUAAUCCCACGGGCUAUUCAGGAAUUAUUUCAGCAUAUUUCUGAAAACCGUAACAUUAACUUCCAUGUGAAAGUAUCUUAUAUAGAGGUUUACAAGGAAGAACUUCGAGAUUUAUUAGAGUUGGAGACCUCUGUGAAAGAAUUACAUAUCCGAGAAGAUGAAAAGGGAAAUACAGUGAUUGUCGGUGCUAAGGAAUUCCAAGUAGAAUGUGCAGAUGAAGUGAUAAGCCUGUUGGAAAGUGGCAAUGCAGCUCGUCACACAGGCACAACACAAAUGAAUGAGCACUCUAGUCGAUCUCACGCCAUUUUUACCAUCAGUAUUUGUCAGAAACAGUCUGCAGAGUCUCAAAAAAAUACUGAUGCUGCACAGGAUUCAUCUUGGAAAUCAGUCCAGAUGAUUGCUUCGAAGUUUCAUUUUGUCGAUUUGGCAGGCUCAGAGAGGGUGACAAAGACUGGAAAUACUGGUGAACGCUUCAAAGAAUCAAUUCAGAUCAAUAGUGGUCUGUUGGCCUUGGGAAAUGUCAUCAGUGCCCUUGGAGACCCAAAAAGGAAAAGUGUACAUAUUCCAUAUAGGGAUGCUAAAAUCACUCGUAUUCUGAAAGACUCCCUUGGAGGAAAUGCCAAGACUGUCAUGAUAACGUGUAUAAGUCCAUCCUCAUCAGACUUUGAUGAAUCUUUAAAUUCCCUCAAAUAUGCCAACAGAGCCAAAAACAUUAGAAAUAAACCAGUUGUAAAUUACAACCCUGAUCAAGACCGGAUUGAUGAAAUGGAACUUGAAAUCAGAUUGCUUCGAGAAGCUUUGCAGAACCAGCAAGUCAGUAAUCAGUGUUCACACAACUUAAAUCAAGAAAGAACUCGUAUCAGUUCACUUGAGGAGCAGCUCACCCGGCUUCAGGUUCAAUGUGUCAGUUAUAGAAAUUGUGUAGAUGAAGCCUUCCCAUUUCUGGUUGAUUUGAAUGAUGAUGUUAGCUUAAGAAGAAGUCAGCGGGACAGGUUGCAGAGCUGGAUCACUAUGGUACAGGAAGUAAGGAAGGAAGCUCUCACCAUGCAGGAAAGUGACACAGGGAUGGGGACCAGCCAAGAGCCACAUCACAUCACAAUUCUUCAGCUAAAGAGGGAACUAAAGAAAUGCCAGCAGGCUUUAGUUAUGGAUGAAGAAGUAUUUAGCCAGAAGGAUCAUGAACUGCAGAUACUGCAGAAUCAGAUAAAGACAUUACUACAGGAAAAUGAAGAACAACUGGAAUCUUUAAAGGAGGCUCAAGAAACACAUAGAUUACAGAAUGAGAAAAUGGUGGAACAGCAAAUGCUUAUUGAUCAGCUAAAAGAAAAAUUAGAGAAGUUUACAGAUGUGAAAACUUUGGACUUGUCAAGUGCUUGUGGAGAUGGACCAGCUGUUGUGGCAUCUGCAAGGAGGCCAUACAGUGUCCCACUCACAAAGAGUCUGCUACACUCCCUUCACCCACCUUCAGGGACAGAGACCCGAAAGGUGUAUACCAGCCCCCCUGCCUUCUCCCUGGCCCGGGUAAUGGCAGAAUUCCGUGCUCGCAGCCAGAUGAUACUGAGUAACAUAGAAGAUCAGGAUAAAGUCCUUCACUGCCACCUCUCUGAUCAGAGCGAUGAAGAGGAAGAAAAUACAGGCAGCAAAAAGAAAACUUCAUUUAAGCAUUCCAUAAACCGAACAUGGACACGAAAACAGGCUUCUCUGUGCUUUCUUCCUGAUCUAAGUGACAUGAAGCGUCAAGUAGACAAGUCUGGUUUAUCCAACAAUGAUGUCAAGAUUGACAGCCUCCAGAAAAGUCAUGUUUUUAACAUGCAGAAGUUAAAGAAUUCAGAGUUGAGACUCACUGAGGCCAAGCAAAAAAUGAGAGAACUUGCACUUAAUAUCAAAAUGAAAGAGGAACUUAUUAAGGAAUUAGUAAGAACAGGUAAGGAUGCUCAGUCUGUAAGCAGGCAAUAUUCUUUGAAGAUAACUGAACUGGAGCAAGAAUCUGAGCAGGCCAAAAUGGAACUGGCUGAAACACAAAAGUGGCUUCAGGAGCUGGAGAGUAAGGAGCUGAGAGACAUUCCUGAGAAAGCCAAGUUACAAAAAGAGUUCCGGAAGAAGAUGGAUGCAGCUAAGUUGAAAGUGCAGGCCUUGCAGAAGAAGCAGCAAGACACUAAGAAUCUGGCUUUGUUAUCUAACCAAAGUGAGAGACAAGCAACAGAACUUGAGCAGAAUGUGGCUCAGAUGAAGCAUCAGCAGACCCAGCUACAGAAGAGACUGUGUGAGGAGAGCGAAAAAAAGAAGCAACUAGAAGCAGAGAUUCAGCGGGACCAGCAACAAAUUAAAGAACUUCAACUAAAGAUGGAGCAACAACAGAAGAUCCUUAAACUUAAGGAUAAAGAGAUUGCUGAAUUUAAAAAGAAGAAAAAUAACUCAGUGGGAACUUCACAGAAGCUACAGAAAUUAGAAGAGCAAAAGAAAUGGCUGGAUGAAGAAAUGGAAAGAAUUCUCCAACAGCACCAACAGUUAGCAGAACUAGAAGAAGAUUUAAAGAAAAGAGAAGCCAUUGUAGCCAAAAAAGAAGCAUUAUUGCAAGAAAAAAGCCACCUGGCAAUCAAGAAACUGAGAUCUAGCCAGGCUUUAAACAAAGAUAGUAUGAAAUUGUCUACUCGCUUAAGUAUGCUGGAUCAGGAACUUUGUGAUAAAGGUAUGCAGCUUCAGGGCAGCACCACUGAAGAUAAGACACACAUUUUGGAAAAAAUUCAGGUUCUCCAGGCGGAAAGGGAUCAGCUGCUCAGAAGAAGAAAUAGUGUGGAUGAGAAACUGAAAGAUGGUAAAGUGUUGUCAACUGAAGAAGAACAUGUCCUUUUCCAGGUGGAAGAAGGAAUUGAAGCCCUGGAGGCUGCUAUUGAUUACAAGAAUGAAAGUAUCCAGAAUCGCCAGCACUUGCUUAGGUCAUCUUCUCAGAUUCUUUCACAGAGCGAGAAUAAUGUAAUAGGAAAACUAGUUUCCCUGUCUGCUGCUGAGCUCAGAGCUAUCAUCUUCAAAUAUUUCAACAAGAUUGUUGGCCUACGUGAGUCUGAACAUAAAUUACAACUGCAGAUUGAAGAACAGGAAAUUAAGGUCAUAGACCAGGAAAACAUAAUACGUGAAUUAGAAUCUGCACUUGAACACGUCAAGUUGCAGUGUGACAGGCAGCUGACCCUACAACACAAAGAACAUGAGAAAAAACUACAGUUAAUACUGCAUCAUUUCAAAGAACAAGAUAGUGAAGGUAUUGCAGAAACCUUGAAAGGGUAUGAAGUAAAAGUCCAGCAACUGGAAAAAGACUUAUUUUUCUAUAAGAAAACCAGCAGAGAGCUGAAGAAGAAAUUGAAGGGCCUCUUUGGAGAGUCAUCCCAUCAACUAUUGGCAUCCACUAAAUAUAACAGUGCUGGUGACAAGGCAUCCAGUCAAGAUGAAGCAGAAAUUGCUUCUGAAGAACUCAGGUUGACACUUAACCCUGAAACAAACAGUCGACCAGGGAAAAUACAAGAAACAGACAGAACAAGUAUUUUCAGAGCACAGCAGAAUUCAUACAAGCUUAGAGAUGAUGUUUCAGAAUUUGGGUGCAACAAAGAAUGUUUGUCAAGCACUAGUGAUGACAAAACAGGAACAGAUGAAGCUCAGCCUUCAAAAUCUCAUCCUCAGCUACCUUCUGUCAUCCAGAGAAGAGAGACCGUAACACAGUUUCAAGGAGUAACUCCAGUAAAACUAUCUCGCCGAGAGCUACGUCAUAUUCCUCCCUCUGAAUUAUCUUUGAGACGGUCAAGCCUUGGAGGUGGUGUCAGUUUUAUUGCUCCAGAUUCCAUCGAAAUGGACAAAAAGUCUAGUGUCACUAAGACAUAGUUACUCUUCAUUGCAUUUUUAAUAGCUGUUGCUACUGAAGCAACUGUAUUUGAUUUCUUUGUUCAUGGUCUUGUUAAGUAUCAACCAUGGAUAAAUGAGUAAGUGUUCUUUAGUUCUUAUUGCUCACUAUCAAGUUGUUAGGUGUUAUGCUCACACAGUUUCAGUGCAUCUGAGAUUGAUUUUAAUUAACACAGUAUCUAAGAACUUUCAUUGAAGGCCUUUUAACAUUGAAGAAAUUACUUACAUUGGUUUGGUUUUUUUGCAGUAACUUCAAAAAAUAUGUUUUUCAAAAAUUGCACUGUGAAGUGCACUGCACUUGUGCAACUUAGGUUUCCUAGAACAAUCCUGUACUUCACUUCCGUGGGUCAGAAACAGUAACAAACUAUUUAAUUUAUUUGGAUAUAUAGCUAUAAAAUUUAGUUGCCAGACUGUCACCUAGUAUUGAUAAUGACUGGCUCCUGUACGCUUUUUAUCUAAAAACAUUUUAUACGAGCCAUGUUUGCGAUCAAAAUGGGUACCUAAAGAUAAAUUUGUUCCUGAAAAGGAACAUAAAAAAGUACUUACUUUUCUUUUUUUCUUCUUUACGGCUUAUCUAUGAAAUUAAGAGAA